GUUCGCAAGCCCUAUAAAAGUGGAAAUGUCGGAUGACAAAAUUCAUAAGGAGCUCGAUUUACUGAUACUUCGUAGCAAAGGAGACAUAGAAGAAAUAUGGCAACAAAAAUGAUAUUUGCGAUUAUUUUGGCCGUCACGGUGUUCAUUUCAGCAACUCACGCUGGCACUGGUUAUAUCGGUUGUUUCCAAGACAAUUCGACAAGGAUUUUAGAAGGUGCAAUGACUAAAGGCAGUAUGACGGUGGAGAAGUGUGUACAAAGAUGUAGUAUGGAAAGAAAGUUGUUCGCAGGUGUUGAGAUUGGUAAUCAAUGUUUUUGUGGUUCUCAAUUAAGGCCAUAUGCAAAACGUCCUGAAACAGAAUGUAAUUCUGUAUGUGGAACAUCGGGCCAGAAAUGUGGUGGAUUUUGGAAAAUAUCAUUGUAUAACACAAACAGAUAUCUUGGAUGUUAUGUUGACUCCAAAUCCAGAAUUCUAAAUGAAAAAUCUACCAAUAACAACCAGAUGACGACGGCAUCGUGUAUUGCUUUCUGCAAAGGUCACGGACUCAAAUAUGCUUUGACCCAGUAUUCUAAACAAUGUUUCUGUGGAAACAGCUUAACAAAUGUACAGAAGGCACCUGACAGCGAAUGUAGCUAUGCUUGCGAAGGUGAAAAAAGUGAAAAAUGUGGAGGGUUUUGGAGAGGGUCUUUAUACCUUGUUGUUUAAAUGGUGUGUUUCUAAUUGAACUGUUAUGAGCACACAGAUCAAAUGUACAAGAGGUCCAAAUGGACAAUCACACGACUAAAUUCUAGAUCAAAAUGACUUCAUUUACAUAUCUUUUAUGUUAAACAAAUUAUGGUUUGUAAUUGAAUAAAUCUCAUGAAAAAGA